AUGAGCAUGUUCGAAAACCUCUGUACACUGCCGUUGAGCGCCGAGCUCUUCACCCAAGCUAUCCACCCGACCGAACCUCUCCUCGGAGUCGGCCUUUCCACCGGUCACGUACAAUGCUUCCGACUCCCCGCUGCCGAUCGAUCGUCAGAAGAUGACGCCGACUUGAGCGUGCUUUCGGACGGCAAAGGAACGAUCGAUACGGCCUGGCGCACUCGCAGACACAAGGGUAGUUGCCGCAGUUUGGCCUUUAGCAACGAUGGCUCGGCUCUGUACUCGGCAGGGACCGACUCCCUCCUCAAACAUUUCUCUCCCGUCACCGGUCAGGUCGUGUCCAAGAUCGCCAUACCCACGACCAAGACGGUCCCUGACGCACCGACGUUGCUCCAUGUCCUAUCACCGCAAACUUUACUGCUGGCCUGCGAUUCUGGCGUCCUCCACCUUCUGGACCUCCGAGACGGUGCCCUUGCCGCGUCCAAGCCGCAACAAAGCCAUUUCCCCCACGACGACUUUGUGUCUAGCAUCACGCCCCUCGCCCCCUCGGCCGAGAGCACGAGUGGCUACAGCAAGCAGUGGAUAUCCACGGGUGGCACGACAUUGGCGGUGACGGAUCUGCGGCGCGGCGUGCUAGUGCGCAGCGACGACCAGGAGGAUGAGCUCAUGUGCUCGACGUUCGUCCCGGGCAUGGGGCCCAAGAAGAACAGAGACAAUGGCGUGGUAGCUGUGGGAACGGGCUCGGGAGUUUUGACCUUGUGGGACAAGGGAGCGUGGGACGAUCAGCAGGAUCGGGUCAUCAUCGACUCGUUCAAAGGGGGCGGCGAGAGUCUCGACUGUGUCGUGCAGGUCCCCGAGGACAUCGGAAGAGGCAAGAAGGUCGUGGUCGGCUUGGGCGAUGGCAGCAUGCGCAUCGUGGACCUAACGAAGAGAGAAGUGGCCGGGCUCUUUCGACACGACGAAGUCGAUGCCGUGGUCGGGCUCGGAUUCGACGGACAGGGACGGAUGAUCAGCGGAGGAGGACAGACGAUCAAGAUCUGGCAGGAAUCGGCAAUGUUCAAGAAGACCAGCAAUGAUGACGACGAAGACGAGGAUUUCGACAGUAGUGACGAGGACGAAUCAGACAAUUCGGACGCUGGUGAUGACGGUACCGAACCGAUGCAAAGCACGGGCAAGCGGCAGGCAAGCAAGGACUCGGACUCGGACUCGGACGACUCGGACAGCUCGGACAGCUCAGACGAAGGCCGCAAACGUGGCAAGAAGAGGAAGAAGGGCAAGGCGAAAGUCGAACUUGGUCCCCAUGGAGCUCAUGGGAUACUGAAAUUCAAAGGCUUGGAUUAG